CGUCUUUGGCGGCAACUAACGCAAACGGUUUAAAAUAGCUCAUAGGUUGUUUCACAAUAAAACAAAGCUUUCAAGCCACAACGAACCAUUUAGGUUUGAAUGAUCUUUAAGGGUCAAUUAAGAUAUGUUUUUCGAAAUCCCGUAACGAUAAAAUUUAACCCGCGCCAAACGAAAUAAAUAAACAUGCUGCUUCAGUACUAGUUUGGUAUACGAGAACUUCGGGUGGUAUUUUUUUUGCUCAUAAAUAAUAAGGGUGCGAACCAACAUGAGGGUUCUUGGAAAUGUCUCACCGGUGUACAUCAUCGACCCUUCUGAGCUGCUCAGACCUGAGAAGAAAUUUGCGAGCAAGGAUUUGAACGCUUUUAGGGAUUAUACAAUCAAUCCUGAUGAUCCCAUACAGGAAAGAGUGAGGCAAACGUACUUGGAAAUGCACACGAAACAGACAGUCGAUUUUGUAAAAGGAAAGCAUGAAAAAUGGUGCAGCUUCAAUACCUUCAAGUCCACGAUGAAGGACGCUCUGAUCCAAUUAAACGAAUUGGUGGAUGAAAGCGAUCCAGACGUGGACAUUCCGAACAUUGUCCACGCAUUCCAGACUGCGGAACGCAUUCGGAAGGACUUUCCAAACGACGACUGGUUCCAUUUGACUGGCCUGAUUCACGAUGCUGGCAAAGUGAUGGCUUUUUACGAUGAGCCUCAAUGGUGCGUCGUGGGAGACACUUUUGUAGUUGGUGCGGAAUGGGCUCCAAGCAUUGUGUAUAGGGACUGUUCGUUUCAAAAUAAUGUGGAUGGUCAAAAUCCCAAGUACAAUUCUAAAUAUGGAAUUUACGAACCCAACUGUGGAUUGGACAAUCUUUUGAUGUCAUGGGGCCACGACGAAUAUUUAUAUCGAAUGUUGAAACACAAUAACAGUAAGCUUCCAGAAUAUGCCCAUAAAAUGAUCAGAUUCCACAGUUUCUACCCUUGGCACACCGGCGGAGACUACGAACACUUGGUAACUGGAAAAGACCAAACAGAAGUGAAAAAAUGGGUACUAGCAUUCAAUCGAUAUGAUUUAUACACGAAGAGUGCUGACAUUCCCGACGUAGAAGCUCUUUGGCCCUACUACGAGGCCCUCAUUGACAAAUACAUUCCAGGAGAAUUGGAAUGGUAGAAACUAGGCAUCAAGUUGUGUAAAAUACUAGAAGCAUUUCAAAACAAUUAUUAAAUAAGUACUUACCGCAAGGCGUCCAAUUUAAGCUGCCAAACUACAGUUCGAAUUUCUUUCAUAACUA